AUGCGCCUCUUAAUCUUUCCACUACUUGCUGUUUUCUAUGCAAAGCACUCUAUUGCUGGCACUCUAAGCAUUGUCGAUGUUGGUAGCCAGUGCAUGAUAUGGUCGAAUGAUAACCACGGCUGCACGGGACAUUCGACACCAUUUAGUCUGCCAAAUGGAGAAGACUGUUCGAAACUAGGCGGAAAAACCAAGGGCGAGAGUCAGAACCUUCCCAUGGUCUCGGUCGAAGCAUGCACUACGGCAAAAGGCCUGCCAGCGGUAUGGAUCUUGUUGGAGAAAACUGGGCGGAUCACUUUCUUCAACAAGCAAGGAAACAUUUCGGCCUGUACAAUGAGCGAUGGACUCAAAGUUGGUAGCAUGUGUGAGGCUGUGGAUCCAGAAGUCCUCCGUGCUUCAACCCUACAUUGA